UACAAAUUAGAUAUGAUAGGCUUUCAAGAUUCUUAUUGCUCCCUAAACCCUCUAAAAAUCAGCUCACAAUUUCACAAGACAUGUUGUACAAUGGUGGUUGUGUAAUAACUAAAUUCUACAUUAUUUAAACUGUGUACGUGAAUAAGACACAGGCAGACUAGGAGGAACAUUCAGAGGACCAGAAACAUGACAGCUUGGCUAAACAGGUAAAAAUAUUAUCUUCGUUUUUGGCUUGCAUAUAUAUAAAUUGCUAACACUUUUGUCUAAACCAUUCAUCAAGAAGAAACCUUUCCUCACCACAUUCUUCAAACUCAUUGAUCUGUAAUAAGUAAAUUAAGACAACAGCUUCAAAUGGAAAAUCAAAUGACCACAAAUCAUGUUCGUUCAACGAGCUUGCCUACUGCAACUCAUCCUCUUAUUUUGAGUGCAGAGGAGCAGUUGCGAAGGUUAAAGUCAUCCGAAGGAACUUCCACAUCUUCUAACUCGACGAUAUGCCAAAAAUUAGAUGGACUCAGAAAAUUGUACGAUCGUGUUGAUGAUGUCCUCAAGUUGCCAAUUAGCCAACAAGUUCAUGAAAAACAUGUCAAAUUGCUAGAACAAGUAUCUGAUGUGUCUCUCACUGUUUUGGAUACUUGUAAUAUCAUUAAAGAUGCUUUCUCACAGAUUAAAGAAAGUGUUAAACUACUUGAGUCAUCUCUUCGAAGAGGCAGAAGUGGAGAAUCUAAGUUAUCCAUUCAAGUUGAUGCAUACAUGGCGUCCAAUAAGAAAUUGAACAAAGUGAUUUGCAAAUGUCUCAGAGAUUUGAAGCAGAAAGAAAACAAUCAGACAAUGAUAAUAGAAGACUCUGACUUUGCAUCAUUGAUUAGCUUAAUAAAAGGAGUUGAAAAUAUUAGUCUUACAGUGUUGGAGUCAGCCCUAUCUUUUAUUUCUCAUCCAAAUAUGAGAUCAAAGGCAAGUAGUUGGUGUUUGGUCAAAAUGUUGAAGCCUAAGAGAGUCUCAUGUGAAGGAAUUGAUAUCUCUGAAGUAGAAAAGAUACACAUGGAGUUAUUUCUCCUACGAAAUGAGAAGAUCGAUCAAUCACAGAUGCUAAGUGCACUUAAAAAACUGCAGGCAUUUGAGUCGAGCAUUCAAGAACUAGAGGAUGGUUUAGGAGUUAUUGUC